AUGAAAUGCUUACAUGAAUUGGGAGUGCAUUUUGAGUAUAUCUAUCUCCCUCUGUUCAUAAUCGAGAGGAUCGUGUUGUAUAUAAUUGCCCCAAUUUUCACGAAGUUCAGAGAAAUCAAUGGAAGCUUUGAUCUCUGUUACAGUAGCAUUCAAGGUGGGAAGGUGAAUGAGGUUUCUGUGAUUAGAGUAUAUGGGUCAACACCAGCUGGUCAUAAGACAUGUUUGCAUAUUCAUCCAGCUUUACCAUAUCUAUAUGUUCCUUGUUCAGAUAUAGUUCAUCAACCAGACCAAGAAGGUGAUGUGUGUGCGCGGAUGAUAUCUCGCUCUUGAAAGGGCACUGAAGGUAUUUUUUUUCCUGAAAAAUGUGUGUUUGCAGGAUCUCAUGUUAACUAUAGUGUCCCUUUCAGCCUGGUUACACAGAAUGCGGGUAUUAUGUUCUUAAGUUCAUGAAAGCGGUUGUUGAAGGACUUGAAGUGUUGAAUAACAAUUUUUGGGGGAAGAAUGAAUAUACAGACGUCGAGCUUGAUAGGGUGCGUGAAGAAUGGGCUACUUAUGUCAUAAAUUUUAUUUACUAGUGAUAUGAAUUUGACAAUUACUUUUUGAUGAAUUUGGAGCGUAUUUUUGAAUUUGACACUAUAGUUCGUGUAAGCCUUUUUAUAUAUGUAUGAUGUUUUAUUUUGCGUUAU